AUGACGCCCACCACCAAUCUCAGAGUCUUCGCUGUUUCCUUACUCUCCCUCCUUACGGCCCCCCUCGCCACUGCUGUGGAGACCUCUCCGUCCCCUCCCCCUACUCAGCAUGUAGACCACUCAGGGAGGCCGUUCACCGAGCAGCCUCAGACCGACCCCAGCCCCUCUCUGCUGCUCCUCGCCAUGCAGGCCAACAUCAGACCUGCUGCUUUGCAAGGCCGAAAGAAAACCACUGAGAAACUUCCAGAAACCUCAGAGGGAGUUCUAGAGACGCCUCCAAGACCCCUUCCCCAGGUCAUGUUCCCCAAAAAUGUGACAUCCUCAGAGGCCCUCGCUCCUCCAUUAGGUGCGGCCCAGGUGGCGCCCAUUCGACCCAGAAUGAUGGAUAUAUGGAUGGAUGUAUGUCGGGGUUAUUAUGACGUCAUGGGACACUUUGACAGCGCUUUCAAUUGCUCCAAAGACACCUUCGUCUUCUGCUGUGGAACCUGCCACUACCGCUUCUGCUGUCCAGACCGAAGCCGGCAGCUGGACCAGGACAACUGCAAAAACUACGACUCACCAGAUUGGGCCAAGCCACAGACAGACUCCAUGAUCAUCUCUGAGGAACUAGGCCCAGACCCAGACUUUGACCCCCUGAAGCAGCAGAGCCACAACACAGGCUUUGUCAUCGGAGGUGUGGUCAUAUUCAUGGUGGCCGUCGCUGUGGGCAUCAAGGUGGCCUUCAAUAAGGUGCAGCAGGAGGCCAAUCAAAGGGACCUCAACAUGCCCAGAGCCCUGGUGGACAUGCUGCGGCACCAGUCGAGCCCGGUCCAGCAGGAUGAGAGAAACAACAGCGUGGCUCUGACUGUAGGCGAUGGAACGGGCACACUGGGGAGAGCUCCAAAAAAUCUGUACGCCCCAGGCCUGCCCAGCAAGGACAACAGAUUGGGCAAUUUGCAGCACAAUUUCAUCCACUCAUCCGGCACCAGCCCCAAACACACUGCAACUAUUGAGCGCACGCCUCGAAUGAACAAUGCUCAGCUGGCGGCUGGAGGCACCCUGCUCUCCAGUAAACACAACAACACCAAAUCCCAGCCCUCCUUCCACCACUCCCUGCACAACCUGGCUCAGCUGCCGCCCUCCUAUGAGAGCGCCACCAAGCCGGAGCUCAACAGAUACUCCUCUCUUAAACGCCUCGAGAAAGGUCUCGAUGAGUACUCUUCCGGUUACUGCACCACCAAGCGCCGGCCUCACACAGCCCAGCCGGCCCUCCAGUCUUCCCAGCACCACCUCCAUUGGGGAGGUGACUACACCCUCAGUGGGAGAGGAACCCUUCCUAGGCAUGCAGCCCGUCCCUGGAUCCCUCCACCGCCUUCUGGCAUGCCCGCCUCACCCACCCCCAAUCCUUACCCUCUGGAUCCCCCAGAGCCACAGUACAACCCAAACUAUGACACUCUGUCCAAGCCCGCGAGGAAAGUCAAGUCGUCCGACCAGCUGCUCAACAUGGGUGACGUUCCCGGGAACACAGGGACGCUGUCCAGGCUGUCCAAGAACCAGCAGCACCAGUACUACAAAGCAAUGGCUGCCUCCAAUAAGAACUCCAACACGCAGACGCUAACCAGGAAGCCCCAGGACAGGAGAGAGGACAGGAGAGAGAGAGAUGACAGGCAGGAGAGACAGGAGAGGCAGGAUAGGCUACUCAUGUCCCCAGACCAUUUGGAGGAGAGGAUGGGAGGCACCGGGAUGGGGGUGGUGGAUCCGUAUGCCCACACACCAGGAGGGCACGUCCCCACGCUGCCACGCCAGCAGAAGGCCCAGUCCCAGCAGAACGUGUGCGCCACGCCCUCCCUCGACCGGCACCACAUGAUCAAGAUGAACUCUCACCCCACAUCUGGGCGGGAGCAGGAGAGGAACCCGGGCAUGACCGGGCACAUGAGCGGGGGCAUGGGCUGGGCAGGGGAGGCCCCCGGGCAACAAGGGGUAGUCAUGGGAACAGGAACGCUAGGGGGCCACAGCGCCAGGAGGAUGGCUUUCGCGGCAAAGAGGCAGAACACCAUUGAGCAGCUACAUUUCAUACCAGGAGGGGGAGGUGGGGGGUCAGCAGGAAGUGGGGGAGGCAGUCAGGGGAUCAGGACGGGGAGUAAAAAUGAGGUGACGGUGUGA